AUGGGAUCCUUUCUUGGUGACCAUGCUAUCACUUCGCGAGGAACUUCUUUUCUUCAGUGGAUCCAGGCAACUGGUCUCACUUGUUGGAAUGAAUUACUUGCAUUUGGUAUUCCUACCUUUCUUUCUGGUGGCUCUGGUACCUCACGUUCCAGUGUCAUUGAUUUAUUUCUUUCUACGUCCCCCCUUCUCAAUCCUUCUAUGCAAAUUCAUUCUGAUCUUUCUUUAGGCUCUGAUCACAAAAUGGUCAACCUCACUUUCACUCCCUAUGUUUCACCUCCCCCUCCCCCUACUAACCAUCUGCGCCUACUUUGGAAUCUUUCCGGGCUUGCUCAGCCUGACACUCUCAAGAUCUACAUUGAUACAGCUUCUGGGUCAUUGGACAAUCUGACAGAGCAGUUCAGUGCUUUCCUUUCUUCUUCUUCUCCUCCUCCUGUAGAUUCUCUGUGCUCUGCUUUUGCUCAAGCUAUCUAUGAUGCUCUGGACACUGCUGUUGGUCGUCGUACACCACGUACCAUGCAAAAGUACUGGUUCUGGUCAGUGGACCUUCAAGAAGCAAUGGAUCUGAGAGAACGCAGCUACCAAUGCUGGCGUCAUUCUAGUGGUUUGCAGAAGGUUAUAUGCUGGAUGCGCCAUCAGGAUGCAUGUCAUGCUGUUAGGUUAUCAGUCCAGCAUCGUCGACGUGAAACAUGGAAAGAAUUCUGCAACAAAUUGGCAACACAAGACUUUGCAAAGACAACAGCAACAAUGAAACGUAUUAAAAGCCAUCGUCAAACCAGUCCUGUCUUUGUGAAUCCUGGUGGACCUCAAGUAGCUGCUAACAAAAUGGCUGAUCAUCUUCAACAGAUUUUCUCAGGUCAAUUUCUUCCUGCACGCCGCCCUCCAGACCAGACAGUGAUGAUUUCAUCACCAAUUGCAAUUGAUGAAUCAUGUCCUUUUACUCAUCUCUCUGUAGAGAGUGCAAUUCUCAAGCUUCCUACACGCAAGGCUCCUGGUGUUGACCAUCUUCGUGCUGAAAUGCUUCACCCAAUUGUUAAGCAAGUCUCUCCUGUUCUUUGUCUUUUGUUCCAGCUUUGUUGGCAAUGGGCAAAGGGGACUAUUGAUCCAUCUCUUCUCAUCUCUCGUAAUUGUGUCUCUGCUAUCAACAGCAUGCGUGCUCUUCAAUCACUUGGUGUCAAUCACACUGGGUUGUCACGUCUACUCUCAAUUCGUUUGUAUCGCCAGUUUAUUCGUCCACAAUUUGAGUAUGGCCUGGCAAUAUCCUGCUUCAACAUUAAACAAGUUGCUGUGCUUGAAAAGGCCCAGAACACAUGCUUACGCAUGAUUUUUGGAGGUCACUCCACAUCUUCUACAUCUGUUUUCCGUCACCUUGGGAAUCUUCCUAGCAUGAGGGAGAGGAUCUUGACUCUUGGUUUCAAGUUUGUAUAUCGUGCUUUCUGGUUGCCUGAUGAGGCUCUGUUUACUCUUCUUCGACCUGUUCUUACAAACCCAGCACACCAAUGGUUUAAGCUUUUAGCUAAUCCCAUUUGGUUAUCUCUCUCCAAUCGUCAGAAUGCUGAUUCUAAAGCUUGCAAGCAUGCCAUUCGUUCAUUUUUGAACCAGGGCCUCUCCUUGCAACGCUCUCAACAAAUACUUCUCUCUGCUUGCCGUCCUUCUCUUAGUGUUGACCCUAUUCUCUGGCUUCCCAUGACUAACUAUGAACGUAGUAGAUUCAUACGUUGGCGUAUGGGGUGGCUUCCUGGACGUCCUCAACCUUGUUCCUGUGGAUUGCAUACCACCAGCCGUCAUCAUGUCAUUGAGUGCACUGGAGCUGCAAUUCGUCUCCAUCUCUAUUCUACAGUACAACCCAAUCCAAUUGAUUAUGUACUCAAUAUGCUGCCUCUGAAGAAACUUAAAAACAACAAAAACAAUGCCUUCUGGAUCUUUACUUGGCCAAUUCUUUGUAGAAUCAUGUUAGACAUAGAACAGAUCUGUCUCCCUGGGGUUGAUCUUGCUGAUCAUGCUGCAACAGACAGAGGACAACUCUUCUUGAACUGGCUACCCAAAUGA